GUAAAUACAAAGACUUUUGCUUAAUAUUGCAAUAAUUCUAAACCCCACUAGAAAAAAAAAUGUCGCGGUUGCUGGUCCUGCUAUCAACAUUUCAACUUAUUAGCUGCAUUGAUGCACAGUUUAAUAACGACUAUCCGACGCUAGACCUGGACUUCAUCAACGGGGCCCUCCUUCAACAGCAUCAAGAGAUGUGCCACUUCGAGUGGUUGACCCUUGAAAAACGAAUAGACACGCUCAGGUCUCUGUUAUUUGGAGCUCCUCUGGUCUACAGCAACAAAUCCUACGUCAUCUCCAAGUUUCCUCACAAAAAUUCAGGUGAGGCCAUGAAAUACUGUCAAGCUUUCGGCGGCUACCUGGCGGAAGUUGAUGACUACAGCGAGUUUAACGAACUUAAGGAUUUUUUCCUUAGGUCAUCUGUUAAAGAGAUGGUGUUGAUCGCUGGAUCUGACGAGUUAAAAGAGGGAACCUGGACAUUUCAGCGCACUGGGGUAGCUCUACCAUUUGAGAGGUGGGCCCCAGAGGAGCCAAAUAAUAAAGCACAAAUUGAACAUUGUUUGUGUUUAUGGAAAGAUUACAUUGGAAAAAUGAAUGACAUAACCUGCAGUUUCAGAAAUGAUAUGGCGAGGUUUAUGUGUGAGCUACCGGGUUCUACAUAAUGGACAGUUCAUAGAAUCCAAAGUUUUUUUCCUCUUUACCUGUAUCGCUAAUGAUAAACUUUUCUUCUUCUGCUUACCAGCUUUUUCUAGCCCAUAAACUUUUAGCUUUUUCUGUGCUAAAGAAAUGCAGCCUUCUGAGUUUACAAUACCUCAAUUCAAAUCAUAAUUUCAUGUAAGAAUCUGUUGGGACCUGGGUGGGUGGAACCUGGACAAGAAUCUUAAAAAUGGCUCUAACGAUUUUCCUAGAAAUUUAACAGUUGAUGUGUAUCGUAUGUUCGUGGAACCUAGAAACUUUAGGGUUGGGCAAAGUGUGGACACGGAUCUCAAAAACGGCUCUAAUGAUUUUCAUAGAAAUUGAAUAGUUACUGUAUAUCGUUGGUAAAAAAUAAAUAGUCUUUUUGGCCACACUGGAAAA